AUGGGUCGGCUCGGCAACCAGUUAUUUAUCUACGCGUCCCUGCUCGGCAUAGCCAGGGCGCAGAACAGAACCGCUUUCAUACGGAGAGGGACCGACUUGGAAAAGGCCUUUCAAAUAACUCACGUCAACCCCAAUAUUAGCAUAGCAGGGUUAGUACCUUUCUUUUGCUCAAUCUUUCAAAUAACUCACGUCAACCCCAAUAUCAGCACAGCAGGGUUAGUACCUUUCUUUUGCUCAAUCUUUCAAAUAACUCACGUCAACCCCAAUAUCAGCACAGCAGGGUUAGUACCUUUCAUUUGCUCAAUCUUUCAAAUAACUCACGUCAACCCCAAUAUCAGCACAGCAGGGUUAGUACCUUUCUUUCGCUCGAUCUAAUCGCAUCUUUAUUUGGCGAACUGCGGGAAGAAAGAGUCCGAGGUUAUUUAUGUAAGAGUUGGAAGGAGAUAGAAUUUGGAAGAGACGAGGGAACGAUGCCAUGUAUGCAGAGGCGUAGCGUGGUGGGGGCAGGGGGGACAGAUGUCCCCGGGUGCCAAACACCCUCGCUACGCCUCUGCAUGUAUGUGACUAAAGCGUCGUGGGGUUAUAUCCGCAUCAGAUCAAAAGGGGUUUAUGCAUAAUACACUAAGAAUGGCCCGUCAAACAACGACGGUGGCGGUGCGUGAACUUCCCAUCUACUAAAGUUACCUGACGAAACACGAAAUCAAGUUACGCCUCUUCCUAAGAACCCCAAUUUGUACUAACUUGUGAGGAUUUUAGUUUUCGCUUCUACCGACCACAGCGCUAAGCCUUACACGCGUGCGUGUAAAGAACUAUUUAUUUAAGAUGAUUUAUUUAAAACUAAUUACAGUCUUAAAGACAAUUUAAGCUAAGGGAGGCUUGUCAACGCCAUUUUGUUAUACUGUAUGCCUCAUACUACAAGAUAAUAUCUUAUUAACUGCAUUUUAUUAUUUUUUUAAAUUUGUCUAAGAUUCCUCACUGUCCACCAGUCAAAGUAUGCAUCUUUUGAGCCAAAGCUGAUGAACCUUUCAAGAGACAACCUAACCUUAGUCGGGUAUCUGCAA